AGUAUACGAAUAAUUUAUUUGUGUUAUCACUUAUCACAAGGUUUUCUUAGAUUUGUUAUCAGAGGAGUCCUGAGCGAUAAGAAAAAAUGCAAUGUUACAUUAUGAAUGAAAUUCCUCUUACCACUUAUGAUUAUUCCAGAUGUUGACAUUUGACAAAUGUUUAUAAUGAACUAUUAUUAAGUGUUACGCAUUUUCAUGAAAAAUACCACUCAAGUUAUUUAUUUUUAUUACGUUUCAAAAGAAAAAAAUGUUUUAGAUUUAAUUUUUACUUUUGGUUUGAUUGAUGAUGAAAUCUACUAAUUAUGGAUAACCAUUGAAUUACAGAAGUUCAUUGAAUUGGUUAAAAUGCCUGACUCUUGGGGAAGCUUCAUGAACAAACCAGCUCGAGGCUGGUUACAUCCGGAUAAUGUUAUUACUAGAAGUAGUGUGUGCUACGAUGUUCAUUAUAUCGGACGUUUGAAAGUAGUAACAUCAAUGAAAAGUUUGGAUUUUGAUACACGGUUUGCAGUGGCCAAAGAAUGUAUAAAUAAAGUGUGCGAAGCAGCUGGACUGAAAACUGCUGACAAAAAACGAAAAGUAGAUAAAAAAAUUUUGAGACUUAUUGGUGAUCAUCCAAGUAUGGAUUAUGCUGGAUCAAAUGUUACAUUGUCCAUAUCGAGCACAUGUUUAACACUAAAAUCAAGGGACACUCAUGCAAUUAUUUCUACUCAUGAUAUGCCUAGGAUAUCUUUUGCUUCUGGUGGUGAUGCUGACACCAUAAAUUUUGUUGCGUUUGUUGCAAAAGACAUAAAUGAUUGGCGUGCAUGUUAUGUAUUGGAAUGCGGAGAAGGUGAAUCAGCACAAGAUGUGAUAACAACUAUUGGUCAAGCUUUUGAUUUACGUUUUAAGCAGUUUUUAACAAAACCUGCUCCAGUUUUAAAUUCUAACACACGAGAUGAGCGAGAAUAUUAUAAUGAUCUACCUGGAAAGUCUCCUCCAGAAUCUGGUCCUCCUCCUGUACCACCUCUUCCUUUGUAUCAUGAUCAUCGUAAAAGAGAGAGACUAGUUUCAAAUAAUCUUAUUGAUUUAAAUUGUGAAGCACCUCCACCACCUGCACCACAUCCUGCUCAUAAUUAUGUUAAUGAUUUUGUAAUUGGGAAUAAAAAUCAUAAUUCACAAACUCGCGAUGUAUUUGAUAUGCAACCAUUUGUGGAUCAUGAUCUUGUACCUGUAAUGACACCACUAUUACAAGAUGAAAUUUGGUUUCAUGGUAAUAUCACUAGACAACAUGCUGAAGCCUUAUUGAAACAUGAUGGGGAUUUUCUAGUAAGAGAAUCUCAAGGGUCUCCUGGACAAUAUGUAUUAACUGGUCUUCAGGGAGAUGUCAAGAAACAUUUACUUUUAAUUGAUCCAGAAGGUGCUGUUAGAACUAAAGACCGUAUGUUUGAGAGUGUCAGUCAUUUGGUUAAUUAUCAUAGUGAGAACAAAUUGCCUAUUAUGUCAGCUGAAAGUGCUCUCAUUUUAAGAAAUCCAGUACCAAGAACUCGAUUUUGAUGGAUUUCUUAUCAGCCAUUCCAACUAUCUAGUUUCACAAAUAGCUUUGACAUUUAAAUACUACAUUUUAUUUUAUUUUUUUUUUUUGCUCUAUUUACUGUAAUUUCUUACAUUGUAUUUAAUUAUUUAACGAUGUAGUUUAAGAAUGCUAUUAGUAUUAACAAGUAGAUGUUAUGCAAUUUUUGCAUUAAUAUAAUCUUGAUUUUAUAAUUAUUGGAACAUAAGAAAUAUCAAUUCACAGGCUACAAUCAAGCAAUUACUUUUUAAGUAAAUUUUACCCUUUAAAAAAAUUAUA